AUGGUAUUUAUUUCCAAGAACCUUCAUCUGACGAAAAUCCCUUCCAGAUCAGAGGCAGACAUAGUUGUAGCUAAGAAAAAGUUAGAUUCUAUCCGAGAAUGGAUAUCAAAUAGUGAACAGCCCGGUGCUUCUAGGAUCAUGCUGAUCACAGGUCCCUCCGGAUCUGGGAAGUCUGCGGCAGUACGCCUUGUCGCCGCUGAAACGAACCUCGAGCUGCACGAGUGGUGUGCCCCAGUGCCGACACUUUGGGAGGACUUCAGGUACAUUGAUUUGCCAUCGGCUUCAUAUACUUCCAAGGUGGAUGAGUUUUUGGCGUUCAUCGCACGUGCGUUUCGAUAUUCACCACUCGAUCUCGGAUUAGAGACCAGGGUCGGGGAGCAUAAAGACAAAGGGGAGCAGGUCUCAAAAAUCACCCGAAAAAAGUUUUUGCUCGUUGACGACCUUCCUUUCGUCAACAAUUUACAGCAAUCUGAGCGAGUUCGCACAGUUUUGCGACAGCUUAUGCGUCAGACUAUGUUCCCAGUCAUCUUCGUUAUGACGGACGCGGGAAGGAGGAAAAGAACAGGGGUACGAUCUGAAAAUGGCUACUUAGGGAGCGGAGAGACGAAAUACUGGUGUGCAUCACCGCUUUCAAUUGACCACUGUUUGUCCCAUGAAUUAAAUUUGGCAGGCGCAGUUACAGUUUCACUGAAUCCCGUUACCGUACCUAGACUUGUCAAUGCUCUCUCUGUGAUCGCGAUGAAUGAAAAUCUUAAGGUUCCGCAUGCGACACUGGUGGAUUUGGCUGCUUCUGCAGCGGGUGACAUUAGAAGUGCAAUCACAAGUUUGCAAUUUUUGGCCUCGCAGGAUUCAGAGGAUAAUGCGCACCACGAUAAGCAAGAGCACGCGAGUAAGCACGCAGACUCAUCAUCCGCGAUGAAUGAUACAAAAGACAUGUCAUGCCUGCCAGCUCCAGGUUGGUCAAAGCUUGUGCAGCGACAUGAUGUUUUAUCCACAUUUCACGCUCUGGGCAAAAUUCUUCACAAUAAACGGAUGUCUGGAGUAUGUGACAACCUGCGGCCUCAUAGUUUCAAAAUAGGAAAAUAUUUCUCAAAGCCAUUCCUCGAAACGGAUACAUGGGGCCCGGAACUCUCAGGUACGACAGCACAACGCAAACAUCUAGUUACGAUUAUGCCUGUGCAUCCGUCGCUGCGGCGAGAACCAACAUUGUAUGAUCCUGAAAUGAUACUUUCCAGCUCACGCUUGAGCGCCGUGUCUACAAUUGAUUUUCUUUUUGAGAACUAUGCAGACUUUAUCCCCGAUGCUGGAAUCGGGGAUGCGGUGUUGGCUCUUGGGUACAUUUCUGAUGCUUCGUUACUUCAAUUCUGGUCAAGUGCCGCUUGUGUUAAAAUGGACGUUCCGCCGUUGAGUGGAAAUGAUCGGAAUUUUUUUGCAGAGUCUGACAGGAUCAGUGAGCAUGCAGCAGGAUCUAUCGUCACCCGCGGUCUGUUGUUUGCUCCUGAUCCUUCUCGACCUGAAAUAUGUAAAUGGUUCCAGAUUCGAGCUCCGCAGGCUGGCAAGGUUUUCAGAGCCGCUUCGAAGAACCUGUUUGAGGUACAAAAAUUUGUCGUCACUGCAUCAAAGUCAGUCCUUACAUUUUGGUCGCAUCUAGCCACUGCUGCAGCCGAAACAUUACCAAUUUUAAGAGUUAUUGCAUCGACUGACCCUUCUGGCGAUUCAACGGCGCCACAUUUGCCUAAAUAUUGGGAGAAUGUUGAAGGUGAAAUCUCUCCCACCAAGAAUUUUGCAGAUAGUCAGAUACGCGUUUCAAGAGCUUUUCCGUCUGAGUUUGGGUCAAGCUUAAGUGAAGGUAACAAUGUCACGCAGAACUCUUUGAAUGCGUUUCCGGGUCGGACCGCGCAAUUAGCACCGUCUACUUGUGAAGUUGACAACAUAGCCGAGUGGUGAAAGAAUAUGGUCGAGUUUGAACCACCCAGUAGUACGAGCAAAACAUCUUGGGCUGUUAAGAAGUCGACCUCUUGUCAAACUCAUGCCGUUCCUGGCGCGAGGAAUCGGUCUCACAAUUUGACACAAUCAUACCGUCCUAUGACUUGACAACGAAACUGAAAGUUGUUGUUUGUACGCAUAUCAACGCACUUUUCAAGGUAUUCGACAUAGCCGAUCUUAGAUGACUUCGACUCGUCAACCAAGAGUCGGGGUUUAUUUCUUCCAUGCAUUUCGGUGGGACAGGAUAGAUAUAUAUAUAAAUAAAUAAGAAGGUAAUAAUAAAUAAUAAUAAGU